UGCUGGGUCGUGCACAGGAGAGGAAGCGGCGCGCCAUCAUGCACAUUUCUGCCGCCGCCCUGCGCCCCCGUGCGCCACAGCUGCAGGCGGCGCGGCAACGCAGCAGCAGGGGGCGCAGCAGGCGAGUGUUGAGCGUGCAAAGCCUAUUCACAGGCAUCGUGCAGGGCAAGGGCACGGUGCGGGCGGUGGACCGCAAGACCGACUUUUGUGUGUUUGACAUUGAGCUGCCCGCGGAGCGCACCGACAACGUGCAGAUCGGCGCCUCGGUGGCCAUCAACGGCACUUGCCUCACCGUGGUGGCGCAGCAGGGCGCCACGCUGCGGUUUGAUGUCAUGGUGGAGACCCUGCGGCGCACCAACCUGGGCGCCCUGCAGCCCGGCACGCAAAUCAACUUUGAGCGGUCGGCGCGGGUGGGGGACGAGAUCGGCGGGCACACGGUGUCGGGGCACGUGCACACCACCGCCACCAUCGUGGACGUGCAGGACACAGAGAACAACCGGCGGGUGGAGUACGAGGUGUCUGACCCUGCCUUCAUGAAGUACAUCCUGCCUAAGGGCUUCAUCUCGGUGGACGGCUGCAGCCUGACUGUGGGGGAGGUCACCGACACAACCUUCUCCGUCUACCUCAUCCCAGAGACGAUGCGGGUGACCGUGGCGGGGGUGAAGGGGCAGGGUGAUGUGGUGAACAUCGAGGUGGAGGCGCAGACGCAGGCCAUAGUGGACACAGUGGAGCGGGUGCUGCAGCGCUACCUGGAGGGAGGCAGGCUGACGCAGGCGCAGGCCGCGGCGCGGUAG